AUGGGUAAAAGAGGAAGCGCCGGAAAUCCUCAAUCAAGGCGUCAAUCGACGCUAUCCCCCGCCAUUAUACAGCGGCGCAUCGACUCCUGCAAAAUCAACCACCUCUCCUCCGAAGACAUCGCCGAGCACCUCUAUUCUUCUUACCCCGACUAUAAACACUACAAACUCAUCCCUUUUCGCUCUAAAAUCCGUCAAAUCCUCCAACAGUCUCGCCGCCUUCCGAUUUCUCCCCGAAACGCCGAAGACCAACCCGAAAACGACGAUAAUGAUGAUGACGAGGGGGAUAGUGGGUCCCCGGUGAUCCGGAGUCCUUCAAGGAAGAAGCAAAGGCAAAUUAUUGACGAGAGAGAAAGGAAGUUGCUAAGAACAGAGAAUAGUCACCUUCAAUUGAUUAGGAGGAGGGAGAAUUCGUCGGUUUCUUCGGGUUCAGAGACAUCAGUUUCGACUUCGGUGGAUGCGGUUUACGGGGAGGAUGUGGAGCCGGAGUUUGAUUUAAUGAAAUCGAUGCUUAGGGCAGGAUAUGGUGAUACGAAAUCGACACCGAAGUCGAAACCUAAACCUAAGGCAGGUGGUGAUGUGGAAAGUAAUAUGGAGGUGGAGGAUGUAAGGAGAGAGAAGAAGAUAGCUGCCGCUGCAUCGGUGAGAGGGGAGAAAAGCAUGAGCGAGGUGGUGGAGGAAAGAGAAUCCAAGGGUUUGUGUGGCGAGGUGAAGGGUAAAGAUGGUCCUAGGUUUAAGGAUUUUGGGGGGAUUAAGAAAGUGUUGAAUGAAUUGAUGAUUGAAGUUAUGGUGCCUCUUUAUCACCCACAAUUGCCCCAAUGGCUAGGGGUUAAACCAAUGUCUGGGAUUUUGCUUCAUGGUCCUCCUGGUUGUGGGAAGACUCAGUUGGCUCGCGCCAUUGCGAAUGAGACCGGUGUUCCUUUCUAUCAGAUUUCUGCUACCGAAGUCAUCUCUGGUGUUUCUGGUGCAUCCGAGGAAAAUAUCCGUGAUCUUUUUGCGAAAGCGUACAGAACUGCUCCAUCUAUUGUAUUUAUUGAUGAAAUUGAUGCAAUCGCUUCCAAAAGAGAAAAUCUACAGAGAGAGAUGGAGAGGCGAAUAGUUACGCAAUUGUUGACCUGCAUGGAUGAUUCCCAUAGGCUUGUGACGCCAAGCGAUAAGCAUUCAGAUUCUGAAGUUGAUGAUAAGACAUCGGGGUAUGUUCUUGUUAUUGGAGCUACUAAUAGGCCGGAUGCUGUUGAUUCUGCGUUGAGAAGGCCAGGACGAUUUGACAGAGAGAUUGCAUUGGGAGUUCCUGAUGAAGAUGCAAGGCUUGAGAUACUUUCAAUAUUUACACGAAAUUUAAGGCUUGCUGGUGAUUUUGAUUUAAAAAAAAUAGCCAAGGCCACUCCAGGGUUUGUUGGUGCUGACUUGAUUGCCUUGGCUAAUAAGGCUGGUAACCUUUCUAUGCAGAGGAUCAUUGAUCAAAGGCAAUUGCAGCUGUCUAGGCAAGAGGGGGAACUUAUUGAGGAGUGGUGGAAGGAACCUUGGUCACCUGAAGAGAUGAAGAAACUAAGCAUUACUAUGACGGACUUUGAGGAGGCAGCUAAAAUGGUGCAACCAUCUUCAAGAAGAGAAGGGUUCUCUGCCAUUCCUAAUGUGAAGUGGGAGGAUGUUGGAGGGCUCACCUUAUUGAGAAAGGAGUUUGAACUUUAUAUUGUUAAUCGUAUUAAAUAUCCUACACAAUAUGAGGAAUCUGGAGUGGACUUGGAGUCCGGAUUUUUGCUUUAUGGCCCCCCUGGUUGUGGCAAGACUCUGAUUGCCAAGGCAGUAGCUAAUGAGGCUGGAGCCAAUUUUAUACACAUAAAGGGCCCUGAACUUCUAAACAAAUAUGUCGGUGAAAGUGAAUUGCACGUACGGACACUCUUCAAUCGUGCGAGAACAUGUGCUCCAUGCAUAAUUUUCUUUGACGAGGUGGAUGCUCUUACAACGGAGCGUGGAAAAGAAGGGGGUUGGGUUGUUGAACGGCUUUUAAAUCAGCUUUUGAUUGAGCUAAAUGGCGGGGACCACAGGCGUGGUGUUUUUGUUAUUGGUGCUACAAAUCGGCCCGAGGUGAUCGACAGUGCAUUGUUAAGGCCUGGAAGAUUUGGAAAAUUAUUAUAUGUCCCUCUACCAGAUCUUGAUGAGCGUGGCCUGAUUUUGAAAGCUUUGGGUAGGAGCAAACCGCUAGAUAGCACUGUGGAUUUGCUUGAGCUUGGGAAGAAAGAAGCUUGUGAAAAUCUGAGUGGAGCCGAUCUUAGUGCACUGAUGAACGAAGCUGCAAUGGCUGCGCUUGAAGAGAAGCUGAGAUAUCCCCCAAGCUCCCUAGACGCCCCUCGAUUUACUAUCAAGUCGAAACAUUUUGAGCAAGCCAUGAAGAAAGUUACUCCGUCCGUUUCCGAAAAGCAAAAGCAAUAUUACGAGAAAUUGUCACGGACCUUUCGAGCGGUCUGAAAUGAUUUUCAAAGGCAACAGUUCUGGAUUUGCUAGAAUUGUCUAAAGGCUAUAUCAUACGCUGAACAGAUUUCCUAAACAUGGAUGUGAGUCAUAUGACCAGAUGCAGACUUACGUGAGGGUUAUGAUUGAUUAUGACAUGCACAUCUAGAGGAACUUUACUUUGGUGGAGUACUUCGUAUCUACUGUGGAGAAGACUACUUCCUGUGGAAGAAGCUGAACAGGGACUGCAUUACCAUUCAGAUAUUACCUUUCAUAUUAUUAUCCAAUUUUGUAGUGUAUGGCGUAGGUUGUAGGAUUUCUCUUGUCUACUCUGUAGAUAAGCUUUGUGACUAAAUGUAGUUCGUUCCAGAAAAAAGUGUGCUUAUGUAUCAUUCUUUUGGAUAUAUUGGACAAAGCAACAAUUGAGCAGUCAGUUCAAGUGCUCAUUAAUUAAUCAAAAUCGUUUCCUUUUUGCA